UUACACCAUAAUCCAAAGUUCGAAGUUAUGAAUGAUAUUAUAUUAAAUCAAGUUGUUUCUGAGUCAUUCAGGUCCAAACAAUUACGCGAUUUAACUUUGUAGGACAGAUAACAUAUUGCGGAGAUUAGUCGCAUGUUGUGUGUUGCGUGAGCUGUUCGUAUAUUUGUUUUUCUCAACACGUGCUCGUGAUCUGAUGAUAAUAAUAUGAUACAAAUGUUUUGGAAUAUUUUUUUACGAAUAUCAAAGGUCCUAGGUGUAGAAUGGGCCCCGUUAAACGUGCCACUAUCAAGGCGUCUCCAAACUUUAGCCGCCACGGGAUGGAUAUGCCUGGUGUUAUUCAGUGAAGCACUCGCAGUACUACUGUUUAUUAAACUCUUGUACUCCUCUUAUUGGUAUUUGGCGCUCCUGUAUGCAGUAUGGAUGUUAAACGACAUAGAUAUCUGCCACAGGGGAGGGAGAACAAUCCAAUGGGUAAGAAAUUGGACAUGGUGGAGAUAUUACCGCGACUACUUCCCUAUCAAACUGGUUAAAACCACAGACUUGGAUCCUUCUAAUAACUACCUCUUUGCCUGUUUUCCGCAUGGAGUUGUUUGUUCCGGUGCCUUUGGGGCAUUUGCGACAAAUGCUCUCGACUUCUACAAAGUUUUCCCAGGACUGAGUUGCCAUAUGAUAACGCUAGCUGGACAUUUUUUGGUGCCAUUCUUUAGGGAACUAUUGCUUGCGUUUGGAACAUGCGCAUCGUCUCAAGAAAGCCUAUUGUACUUAUUGGAUAAAAAGCGACAUCAAGGCAAUUGUGUGUGUCUGAUUGUUGGAGGAGCUGCGGAAGCCUUGGACUCCCAUCCUGGAGAAUAUAAGGUUAUUUUAAACAGGAGAAAAGGAUUUAUUCGUAUCGCAAUGAGAUCUGGAGCACCUUUGGUACCAGUAUUUUCGUUCGGAGAAACAGACGUGUUCCGGCCUCCAAAUAAUCCUCAAGAUAGUUAUUUACGUCGCUUUCAGGAGAGAGUCCGCAAACUAACCGGAAUAUCUCCAAUGUUUCCUAUUGGAAGAGGACUGUUUCAGUAUUCUUAUGGUGUGCUACCUUUACGCUCACCUAUAACAACAGUGGUUGGCAAGCCAUUAGCUGUUCCAAGGAACCUCGACCCGACUGAUGAAGAAGUAGAUGCUCUACAUGCAGAAUUCACCAAACGACUCAUAGAACUAUUUGAAACAGAAAAACCAAAGUAUUUGAAAAAUCACGAAAAUAUUUCCUUAAUUAUUACAUAAGUGCGGAACAGGGUUAGGUUACAUUAUACGAGUAGGUUAAAAAUGCAUCUAGUAGUUGUAGGUACCUACAUGGUCAUACAGAGGAUUUCUGUUGUUAUUUUUAAGUUUAUAUUAAGUGUGUAAAACAAUUUUUUGAGAUUUCUGUAAAAACAAUUUUUCAUAAAUUAUUAAAAUUUAGAUAAUUUUUAUUUCCUACUUGGGUAGAUAAAUGUCUACUAUGAAUGUAGUAAGUAUGAUGAGAAAAUUUAAAUUCUAAAAUAACAUUGUUAAAAAGGGUUGAGAGAAAUGUGUAUAAUAUGUUUUUGUAUUUAUUGUAAUUCGAUAUAACUACCUAGAUUUAUAUAAUACUGAGAAAAUAUUAAUUUGUGCAAAGCAACCCCACUGGUUGCAGUUUCAUUUAUAUUUACAUCGACACGAUGUUUAAAUUAUUAUUAGAAUGUCUUUUGUUUAUUAAAAUAUGUACGGUGUACCCCAAUAAGGCCAGUUUAGCAGCUAAAAAUUAUAUUUAUAAUUUUUUUUAUCUACAGUUAUUGUGUAGAAAAAAAGACAUGUUUUGUUAUUUGAUUAAAUUAUCUUUAUAUAAGUACCUAGUUAGUUAAAAUGAAUGAAACCUACUUAGUUAGUGGAAAUUCAUUACCAUAUUAAAAUAAAUUAUUGUGAGUUACUAUUAUCUAAAAUAAGUACAAAUAAUUAUUUGUCUAUCUCUUAAAAUAUUAAUAAAGAGAACCUGUUCCAAAACUUGAUUGUAUUUGCUUACCUAUCAUUCAUGAUAUUCGUAACUCAGGAACAAUAUUGUGAAACGCAUAAGAAAAAUAUAACUAUUAAAUAAAAAUUUUAUAUGGACAGUCCCAAUUGGCAUAAAGGUAAAUCCAGAACUGAUUAUUCAAUAGGUAUACUUGUGUUAUCAAUAUAUGAAAUUAUACUUUGAUGUUGUGUUUUUGUAAGAAGUGAAUAUAAAUUUAAAUAUAGGUAUUCAUCCGAUUAUCGGAUGAUACCGUUAUUGUUAUCGCAAAUUAUAUGAUGCAAAUAAAUUAAUGAUUGUGUUCAAGAUGAUUGUUUAUAGUUAUAAAUAAAACAAUUUUUACUGUGUA